AUGAGCACGCUGGGCCCGACACUCGCGUCCCAAGUCACGCCGCUCGGCGACGCGCUGCUCAACGCGGUCAAGGCGCCGCUCGCAUUAUCGAACCCGUCGCUGUACCUCACUCGGACGGGAUCGAAUGCGCUAAACGAUAUCCAGGCGGGCAGUAACCCGGGUUGCGAUACGGACGGGUUCCCGGCGGUCCAGGGGUGGGAUGCGGUCACCGGGCUGGGAAUGCCCGACUUCCAGAAGCUGCUCGUAGUGGUCAAUGGGGUUCCGGAAGUGAUUGAAACGCCUGGCACGGUCAGGGCUUGCCCGCUGGUGCCUCAGGUCCGGACCUUGCGGUUUGGAUAG